AUGCAAGUCCACGUGCACACUCGAUUUUGUUUCCUUUGUGUGCUCACCUUCCUCUACCAUCAGCCAAGCCACUGUCACGGAGACGGGCACCAUCAGCAUCACCACGGUCAUCACCACACCAGCCACACUCACAAUGACUUACAGAUUUCCGAGGCUCCGUACGUCGCAAGACCUAGUCCCACCACAGAGUUCACACAUUCUGAGGAGGAUUCUUUAGAGGAAGAGCAACACUUUUACAUCCAGCAGUUGUUCAGAUGUUACGGGCAGAAGGACCGACUCGAUUUUCAAGGAUUUCAGAAUCUUCUGGUCAGCCUGGGCCUUGGCGAAGUGAAAGUGGUGGACCUAGAUCACGAUGACCUUGGGCACGACCACGUUACUCAUCUAGCCAUUCUCGAGGUGCAGGAGGGCCUUCAUACGCAGAGCGAAGGUCAUGGUCACACGCAUCAUGAUACCGGCAACCGUCAUUCGCACACGGAACAAAGUCUCACACAGUGCAGUCAGCACACCGCAAUCCCACCUGCCAGUGCGACGAGAGAACAUCCAAGCAAACACCACGGGGAUCACAUUCACGUGCACAAAGAGCAUAGUCAUGAUCAUGAUGAUAAGGAUGACGGUGAACAUCUUGAACAUGACCAAAUGAGCAUAGAUAUGGCUUCCAUUAACCCGGAGCGUCCCUCUUCUGUCCAAAUGCACCAGCCCCGUGACCAUCAGGACCUGGGGUCUUCUCCUGCCCCCACGGAUGCCAAGUCCAAGAAACCAAGAAAACCAGGAAGGGUGCGAGGACAUCGGGGGCAAAACAAAACCCUGUCAACCCCUGCAUCAACGUCUGAUAAUCAUAAGCAUGAGGUCGAUCACGAUCACGGUCACGGUCAUUCUCAUAAACACAAACGAGAAGCACCGGGUGGAUCCAACACUGCCACAAUUCCUGGCCCUGUUCUUUAUGGACAUGUGCGUGGCUUGUCUCAUCAGCAUGAGCAAUGUUUGAACCUGACCCAGCUCCUCAACUACUAUGGACUGAGUCCCGAUUCCCUCAUCUCUCAGAGUCAGUUCACCUAUCUGUGCCCCGCCCUGCUGUACCAGAUAGACAGACGAUUGUGCGUUCGCCAUUCCUGCCAGAUGGAUGCAAAGAAUGCCAGUUCCGUGUGGACAUGGAUUUGGGGCUUCGUGUCUAUCACCAUCAUCAGCCUGCUGUCCCUCCUGGGAGUGGUUUUGGUGCCCAUUCUUAAGCAGGCUUGUUUCAAGUUCCUGCUCACGUUCCUGGUUGCCCUGGCUGUAGGCACGCUCAGCGGAGACGCUCUCCUUCACUUGCUGCCUCAUUCUCAAGGGCAGCACGACCACGACCAUGGUCACGAGAGCCAUGGCACUGAUGGAGUGUGGAAGGGUCUGACGGCGUUGGUCGGCAUUUACCUUCUCUUCAUUUUUGAGCAUUGUAUUGGCAUGUUUAAGCACUACAAGGAUCAAAAGGCGGCAAAUGAUGCAGACGAAGAGGGCAAAAUUGGCAGGAAGUUGUCAGAUCACAAACUAAAUCGGCGCUCCGAUGCCGAAUGGGUGCACCUAAAGGCACUUGGUGAUGGUGAUGCCGUCUCCUGCGACAACGACCACAAUGACACACAAUUUACUGAGCUCCAGCCGCCAGACUCCCCCACUAACAAGACGCCACUGAAACCUGCCGGCCCUCAUCAGUUGCCUGUUAAAGUCAACGGACACAAGACCAAGCACCACAGUCACGGUCACGGGCACUCCCACGGAGCCAAUUGCCACUCGGAUCAGGAGAUGAAGGACGCCGGAAUAGCCAGUAUUGCGUGGAUGGUCAUCAUGGGUGAUGGCAUGCAUAACUUCAGCGAUGGGCUGGCCAUAGGUGCAGCGUUCAGCGCAGACCUCACGGGAGGCAUCAGUACUUCCGUGGCUGUUUUCUGCCACGAACUACCUCAUGAACUCGGUGACUUUGCUGUGCUGCUGAAGGCGGGCAUGACUGUGAAACAGGCCAUUGUGUACAAUCUGCUGUCAGCUCUCAUGGCCUACGUGGGCAUGCUAAUCGGCACGGCUGUGGGCCAGUACACUCACAAUGUCACCAACUGGAUCUUUGCCAUCACAGCCGGCAUGUUCCUCUACGUGGCUCUCGUGGAUAUGCUCCCAGAGAUGCUCCACGGCGACAGCGAGGAUCACAAGCGCUGCCAGCUAGGACAUUUUCUCCUGCAGAACCUGGGCAUGCUGACUGGGUUUGGUAUCAUGCUGCUCAUCGCCAUCUUCGAGGACCGUAUAGUCUUCGACUUUGGCUUUUAA